AUGUCCCCCACCCCAUGGACCCCAAAUCAAUACCCUCCCGCUCGUCGAUCCGAUCAUGUCGAUGUAUACAAAAGCGAAGCUAAAGGUCAAGUACAUGUCUCUGAUCCUUAUCAAUGGUUGGAAAAACACUCAGAAGAAACUGAUAAAUGGACAACGGCCCAAGAAGCUUUCACAAGAGCUUACCUGGACAAAAAUCCUGACCGACUGAAAUUAGAGGAAGAAAUUAGGUUGAACACAGACUAUGCAAAGUUUUCUGCUCCUUCUCUAAAGGAAGAUGGCCGAUGGUACUGGUACUACAACAGCGGGCUACAGGCACAGUCAGUGCUCUAUCGAUCCAAGGACAAAGCACUUCCCAGCUUUUCUGACAACAGUGGUUCUGGUGGCGAAGUGUUUUUUGACCCAAAUCUCUUGUCGACGGAUGGUACCGCAGCUCUUGCUGCUACCGCAUUUUCUCAUUGCGGAAAAUAUUUUGCUUAUGGUAUCUCGCUUUCGGGUAGUGACUUUUUCACUAUUUAUGUGCGCUCAACUAGCGAACCCCUGGCCACAGUAAAUGGCGAGCGUCCCGACCAUCACGCAACCCGACUUGCAGAAGAAAUUCGCUUUGUCAAAUUCUCCGACAUCGCUUGGACACACGAUUCGAAAGGAUUCUUUUAUCAGCGUUACCCAGGCAGAGAUUCGCAUGGUCUUGCGACAGAAGAUAAGGCUGGAACAGAAACCACUGACGAUAGGAACGCCAUGCUCUACUACCAUCAUAUCGGGACACAGCAGUCGGAGGAUAUUCUGGUCAUUAAGGACGCAGAACAUCCGGAAUGGAUGUGGGGCGCCUCUGUGUCGGAGGUUGAUGGGAGAUAUCUCGUGCUCUACGUCUCUCGUGAUACAGCUAAGAAAAACUUGUUAUGGGUGACCGAUUUAAAAGAGAAUCAGAUUGGUCAAAACAUGAAGUGGGACAAACUCAUAGACGAGUUUGAAGCAGAAUAUGGCCUUAUUGCUAACGAUGCGACCAAAUUUUUUCUUCUUACCAACAAGGACGCACCUCAAUACCAGGUCGUAACUGUAGACCUGGCAGAUAAAACGCGAGAGCAAAAAGUUCUCAUACCCGAACAGAAGGAUGCAUCGUUAGAUGAUAUAAGAGCAGUCAACAACGACACUUUCGUAGUGGUGUAUAAACGCAACGUGAAGGACGAAGUAUAUCUCUACUCUAUGGAGGGAAAACUUCUUUCUCGGCUGGCGCCUGAUUUUGUCGGUGCUGCAUCCAUUGCUGGCAAGAGGACGAAGUCAAACUUUUUCGUUACAAUGACAGGUUUCACCAAUCCCGGGAUCGUAGCUCAGUACGACUUUGGGGAGUCAAACGAGAGCGAUAGGUGGUCUACUUACAGAACAACACUGCUAAAAGGUAUAGUGCCAGAGGAGUUCUCUGCCGAACAGGUCUGGUACGAGGGAAAGGACGGCACCAGGAUUCCCAUGUUCAUUGUGCGACAUGAAUCCACAAAACUGGAUGGGACGGCUCCUGCUAUCCAAUAUGGUUAUGGCGGCUUUAGUAUCUCAAUCGACCCCUUCUUCAGCCCUGCAAUCUUGACCUUCUUAAAAAGAUACGGUGCUAUUCUUGCAGUGCCUAACAUCCGCGGUGGUGGAGAAUUUGGUGAAGACUGGCAUGUUGCUGGAACAAGAGAGCAGAAGAUCAAUGUGUUCAACGAUUUCAUUGCUGCGACAGAGUACCUCGUGAAACACAAAUAUGCGGCAGCUGGGAAGGUUGCAAUUAACGGUGGAUCUAAUGGAGGGCUCCUCGUGGCUGCAUGUGUCAAUAUCGCACCUGAAGGCACUUUCGGGGCCAGCGUUGCAGAAGUAGGUGUAUUAGAUCUCCUGAAGUUUGCCGAUUUCACGAUCGGGAAAGCAUGGACAGCUGAUUACGGUGAUCCCCACGACCCACAUGAUUUUGAUUUUAUUCAUCCCAUUUCCCCACUGCACAAUAUUCCGAGCAGCAAGGUUCUUCCACCCCUGCUUUUGAUGACAGCGGACCACGAUGACCGUGUAGUUCCACUGCAUUCGUUCAAACAUGCUGCUACUCUUCAACACACGUUACCUCAUAACCCUCACCCUCUUCUGAUUCGGAUCGAUAAGAAGGCAGGCCACGGUGCUGGCAAGGCAACUGAAAAAAGAAUACAAGACGCAGCUGAUAAAUGGGGCUUUGUGGUGCAAAAUCUUGGGCUCGAACCGCGCACUCAAAAGUAG